AUGUCGGUAGACUCUCGUGGUUCGGGAGGCUAUGAUUCUGAUCGUAGUAGUGAGACGAUUGGAAAUGAAGAAACACAGGUUGGGCUAUGGCAACGGCAGGACCGUUUGUCACUGAAGCUCGAAAGUGCGGGCAUACAAGCAGCGGAAUUGCAGGAACCGCGGAAUCUAAUUGCGCAAAGCACGCAAUAUCACCCAAAGCCCCUCAAACAGACUCUCUCUGAAGAUCCGAAGCAAUCAGCAGGCGAGCCGGAUGAGGUUGAAUUUCCCCAGAAAACACCCACUCCACGAGAUCAUAGAUCAGAAGGGGACAGUGAUUCCACCGCUCCUGAGGAUGAAGAGCUGCCUCCUCGAAUUCCUGGGCCCCUAGAAAAACAACUUUCAUCCCUAAUGUCCAAAAUUAUCUUUAUUGAGCAAGGAAACCCAACCAUAUCCGUUUCACAGGAAGAAUAUGAAGCCUUGGGGGAAAGGGUCAAAAUCCUGGAGGCAGAGAAAGCCGCAACAGCUAAACGACAUGAAGCUAUUUUCGCAAUUCGAGACGAAGAUGUCGCGAACCUCAGGAAAGUCCGUGUCUUACUAGCAGAAGAACGCCGCGAGCAUGCUGCAUUCCGAAAGCUGCGCGACGACGAUUUACAUAACGUCAUUGUGCUGCGUGGUAAACUCUGUGAGGCAAUACGUAAGAUAGAGAGAUUAGAAAGAGCCGGUGGACAAGGACAACUGACACCCCCCCGACGACCCAAGAGCAGCAUCUCGAUUGAGCGACGAGAUACAUCAGACCUAUUCCAAGCUGCGAAGAACGCAGCCCUGGAGCAGCGGGCGCUCGAGCUUGAAAAAGCAAAUGAAGAUCUCAUGGGCCAACUCGUCGCUGCAACUCAGAAUACCGCAUUCCGCGCCACGACGGACAAAGCAUGGCGUACUGCAGUUGAUGAGCUGGAAAGCAAACUACGGCAAAAGGAGGAAGAACUGGCUGAAGUGCGGCGCUCGUCUGUGGCGUCUACCGGUAUGGGUUGGAAUAAGAUGGAGGCACUCCUUGAUGAGCAUGGAAUGUUCCGUGAAAAAACGGCGCAGAGAUUGCAGCAGCUUCGGUCAGAGAAUGAGGCACUGCAUCGGGAGCUGCAUAGAAUGGAGGAUGAGAAUGUGAGCCUAGAAUUGAGAUUGAAGAAUUUGCAACGCACUUCAAAUGCGGGCAUGUUACCGGGAUGGUGA